AUGUCGGCAUCGCCAGCUCUUGCGCAGCUUUUGGAGAAGGUGAUUCCGCAAGGGGACCGCUCGUCUCUCCGCAGCGAUGUAUUCCCGGCAAUCCUCGACGCCAUUUCCAGCAUCGCCAAGACGCUACAGGCAUCCCAGCACGUCUCACUUGCUGGGACAGCAAACGCCUUUGGCGACGACCAGCUCAACGUCGACGUGCUCUCCGAGAACGUAAUGCGCGAAGCUAUUGCGAAAUGCCCCUCGAUCCAGACUGCGAGCAGUGAGGAGGACCCGGUCGAGAAGCCUGCCAGGCCACAAGCGAGCGCUGGCGCAAACGAGACCCCUGCAACCUCAGAGGAAUACACCGUCGCUUUCGAUCCCCUCGACGGCAGCUCCAUCAUCGCGCCAAACUGGACGGUCGGAACAAUCGUCGGCAUCUGGGAUGGGCGGACCGCGGUGGGCCAGUCACCGGUUGAGAAGCAAAUUGCGGCGAUUAUUGGUGUCAUCGGGCCCCGGACUACCGCCAUUGUCGCCAUGCGGAUCCCCGGCGCCGACUCCGCUUGCUUUGAGAUCGGAUACGGCCCGAACGGUGUGACAGACUGCGAGGUUAUCCGGCCGGUCGUCAAGUUGGCCGAUGCGCCCUUCAAGACGCGAUACUUUGCGCCCGCGAACCUCAGACAUGCGGCGGACGAUGAGAGGUACAGCGCUCUCAUUACGCGGUUCAUCAAGGAGAAGUACACGCUGCGGUAUUGCGGCGGCCUUGUACCCGACAUUGUGCAUGCGCUUGUAAAGGGUCAUGGCGUCUAUGUUAUGCCUGUUACGCCCGGUGUUCUUCCCAAGCUCAGAUUCCUCUACGAGCUAUACCCGAUUGCUCUGAUCAUGGAGUGCGCGGGUGGCCAAGCCAUUGACCCCACGGAUGGCAGGCCACUGCUUGAAAAGAUUCAGAAGGAUUGCGAUGGUAGAGCAGGUCUCAUCUGCGGCACGACGGAGGAAGUGAGGAUCGUUAAGCAGGUUCUUCUUGGAUGA